GCAUGCGCGACAGCGCACUCUCCCGUAUCGCUCGGUUUGUUUUUGUAUCGGCCGCCCGCCGGUUUCCACUGAACCUGACAGCCAGCAAAGGGUCAACAGGACAUAUAUUUUACUCCUUAUUUUAUUAUUUGUUAAAUCAGUUAUAUAUAUAUAUCACGUUUCUAGAAUGCAUCCUGUAUCCGUGUCUAUCCCUUCUUUUCGUUCAGAGGACAGCGGGUCUGAAAAAGGCUACACGGUUUUUAAGAUCGAGGUGUUAACGAGCGGGCGGCAGCACACCGUGGAGAAGCGCUACAGUGAGUUUCAUGCUCUGCACAAAAUGCUAAAGAAGAUCAUUAAACCUCCGGAGCUUCCAUCAAAACAUGUGAGGAACUGGAUCCCUAAAGUUCUGGAGCAGAGAAGACACGGUCUUGAGCUUUAUCUUCAGACUAUACUCAUGGAAAACGAGGUCCUUCCUAAAAUAUUCCUGGAUUUCCUCAACAUCCGCCACCUCCCGUCCCUGCCAAAGGCCGAGAGUUGUGGAUCGUUUGAAACUGAAUCCGAGGACUCAUGUAAACUGACACAUCAGCCGGCCCUGCUGUUCCUGAGGGACCCCUAUCUGCUUCCUGCCUCUAACGACACGUUUUCGAACGUCAUCACUGAAGGCGUGAUUCAUGGAAUAUUCUACCCAGACCUGCAGCCGAGGUAGACCAGCGCUCUCUCCAGCCAAAAUAUAACACCUCAGUUUCACGGACAAAGAGGCAUUUAUACUCUAAUCAUUUACACAGACACUACAAGAACCUAGUCACAAAGUCCACACUCUUUUUGUUUUGGGUUUUUUUUUCUUGCAUGAAUAAGGCCCAACAUUGUGAAUUUAUUGCACAUCAGCAACUUUUUAAAUGUUGACAGUCUUCUUGUUCCAUCCAAGAGAAAAACAAGCUGACGUAAUUGUGCUACAUUUGUGCUGUGAAAAACCUUACUAUAUCGGAGAGUAGAGCUGGGUGAUAAGAAGAAGAAGAAAAAAAAAAAAAAAGAAUAUUUUUGUGAUUAAUGCUAUUCAAUAAAACUAUUGAUAUUUUUCAUAAAAUAUAUUAAAGGUGCAGUUUGUAAUGUUUAAAAGUGUUUCCAGACCUGUAAUAACCACAUCGUCUCAGAUAUAGGUGUAUCGAAAUAUUGAUCAUUGGGGAAAUUUGGCAAGCAGUGGAUCUAGCUAUUUUCUUUAUUUUAGAUUUCCGUUAACAUUUCUUCUGGUGCAGAACUUGGCUCCGCCCACUGUGCCUUUUCCUUAAACGGUAACUUGCAAGACAAGCGUACUUGCAGCAGAAAGACUGGUGGUUGGACGACGUUUGGGGGGGGAUCGGCAGCAUGUUCGUUGUGAGUGUAGUUCACCUUACCGACAAUAGAGGGUGCUAAAUAUUGCAAACUGCUCCUUUAACUAGCCAGAAAAUAUGUAGAUGUAGGUUAAACAGAGGCAUUUUGAAUUGAAUCAGUUUCAGUUGAUUUUAUAUGAAUUGCACUAGACUCAUGAUGCAGGAAGCCCCACCCUUUUUUUUUGUUUUUGUUAUUUUUGAACCAGGCAUUCUGAAAUUAGCUGCUAGCAAUGUGUGAAAGAUUAUAUCUGAGCUCCAAGAGUUAAUUUGACCAAAUGACAAUAUUGAAUUAUCAUAGAUGUAUUUAAAAAAAUAAAAAAAGAUUUAUUGGUAUUGAUUAUCACCCAGCUCCAUCAGACCUUUUUUAAAAAAUAAAUAAAUAAAUAAAUAAAAAGUGCUUCAUUCACAGAUCAUGAUAUAGCCUAACUAUUACGACUCAUGACCCGUACCUGUUCAAUAGAGAGGGAUGUACUGACCUUAGAGAGGGGAAAUAUUUCCACUUUGGACCAAACAUACUUUUCACAACUGCGGAGUAUUCACUGAGCCUUUAUACUGAACAUUCUUUCAUUGACAAUGUUGGAUAACUUACCUUAACUGUAGUCAUACCAAUCAUGGCAUUUAUGAAGAAGGGAAACUAAUCACAAACUCUUGAGAUUCUCCAAAUAAUUACUGCAGCUGCUAGAAACUGUGAAAGAGAAGUUUAUCCGAGUGUACAGUUUACAGGUCUCAAUGUCCAGUACAUGAGGUGGAAAUGGGGGUUGGUUUUAAGUGAGACUCGGCGAAACAGGAUUCACUUCCUUCUUCGUUCACUUGAGGUGAUUCUAAAAGAAUUGCUUAAAAAAAAGAAUAAAAAUCAUCACUUACCCUAAAUGUAGCCAGUCAGCCAAGACAUUUUUGGAAGUUGUUAGCUUCUUGGCGCUAUGAUGCUAACAUAGUUGGUCUAUUGCUGCAUUUGACUCGACGUCAUUUUCACGACUUCCGUGCACAAAGGGGAGGGCAGGGGGUGGAGGUGGAGGGACGUCUUCAUGUUCGUCUGUUCUUUGCAACAAUCUAGAAAGCUAAUUGUGAUGCGUGUUGUGUAUUCUCCUCCUCAAAGAGCGUACUGUAUAGUCAAUAUUGUAGAUUUAACAAGUGAAUGUCUGUAUGUUGAUUGAUCUAAAGCAAUGGUCACCAGUCCUGUUCCUAGAGAUCUACCUUCCUGAAGACUUUAGUUCCAGCCAUAAUUGUGCCCACCUAACCAUCUUAAGAGGGUCUUGAUCAACUAAUUGUGGUUGGAGAUGAAACCUGCAGAAGGUAGAUCUCAAGGAGGAGGCUUGGUGACCACUGAUCUAAAGCAAAUACAUGCGUAUAUACAUGCAGAAGUUAUUUAAAGAUAAGAAGUGCUACUUUAUUGACGUUUGCUUUACUCUCAUGCCGUGAGAAGCCAUGUUGGUUUGACUUCACGCUGUACACCGGAAAGGUACUUGAGAAGACCACCUCAAGUUGACUAGUAGGAAUUUCAGUUUGAGGAGAGAUUUUUCUUUGACGCUUUUCCUGGUUUUAGGUUUACGUUUACAUUUGGCAGCUCCCUUAUCCAGAUCAACGUCCAUUUAUCUCAUUUAUACAACCGAGCAGUUGAGGGCCUUGUUCAAGGGCCCAGCAGUGGCAGGUUGGCAGUGAACUAGCAUUUAAACUCCCCUUCUGAUCAGGAGUCCGCUUUCUUAACCGCUGAGCUACCACUUCGAGUCAAACGCAACAUAUAAAGAUGAGCAACAAUUCCCCAUGUAGCUGAACACUGGAAUGUUAUACUGGUGGCCAUAUCGGCCAACUGGAAUCAUUUCUAAUAAAUUUAGACUAAUACUGCGAUUUAAGUCAUGACGAGCCUACGAAGAUUUGGCUAGAGAAGCAAAAACAUCUUGGCUGAUUGACCACGUUUAAAGGAACUUUUUAAAAAAAACAACAAAAAAAAACUUUUUCUUGUUAAAUCGUUCCUUUAGAUGUAAUUAUGCCAAAUAUCAGGCAUCGACUCAUGUUCAAAACUGCUCUAAAUAGUGUGUAGGGGUGGGUGAUAUGACAAGGGUGUCAUAUUACGAUACUCUUACACAUCAUGUAGUGUGCAUCAUAAUAUUUGCCUUUGCUAACAAAGCACGCCAAAAAAACCAGUAGAGCCACUGUAUACGUUUCUAUGAAAAUACGUAACCAAGAUCAUGAUGAUGAAGGAAGUGAUGGG